AUGACAGGGGACGAUCUGAUAGGGCACCACCAGCCGCACCUGCCAAACCAGCACCAGCCAAGGACACCAUCACCCGCAGGACCAGAGCCGCCUAAGACGGCCGCAACUACCCCAGUUACAGCACCGGAAGCAACAUCUCCAGGUAAGGCCACAUGUCCUGGUAGUAACGGAACAUCUACAGGUGUCUCCAUUAGUUGUGCGACUACGUCGGAUGAAGCACUGGGCGAGACAGAGAAAGUCAAAAAACUCCUGCAGCAGGCAGACAAGAACAAGGCAGAUCAAUCGGAGCCGCGCGGCGGCCCCACCAGCGGCGAAGCGUCCACAGCAGGUACUGAACACGGUGCAGGAGGAGGUCCAGGAGCACCAGGAGGAGGUGGGGGAGGAAGUGGAAGUUCCUCAUCCUCAGGACCCGGUUCUACUGGUGACCAAAACCCAACUUCCACAACACCCGGAUCCUCGGACCCUGUGAAUCCAGGUUCCUCCGGUACUAGCUCAACUGGACACACGAAUAAAGAGAACGUUGAGGCAAAAGGAACCCACGAGGAUAAAUUACCUGCGGAUGCCCCCAUCAACCCUUCCGUGCCACCCGGCCUCACAUGGGAACAUGUCAAGUGGUACAUCCCCGCGAUCAUUCCCGCGGUGGUUGGUAUUGGCGUCCUUGCCUUUUUCCUCUGGAAGUACUUUGCGUACCUCGCCAAACGACGACGAACAUAUCGAACCGUGCGUGACGUGCCGUCACCGCCACUCGACGAAGACAUAUUGCAACAUCUACAACGCGGCGAGCCGCCGCCACCCGAUUAUGGGUACACCAUGAUUAGGGAUAGGCACCCUGCGUCAACAUCCGAACGCCGCGGACCACGCCCACCACGCGUGCAUACACGCACGAUCAUUGAGCUACAUCUAGAAGUGCUCAACGAAUGUGAAGCCACCGAAUGGGAAAACGUCAAAGACGAUUUUUACGGGAUACUCGUUGAAGAGUUUAUGGGGGGCAACAACGGACAUAGUAGUUCCUUGGAUGCUCCUACCACAAACCAGGCUUUAUCACGGAACAAUGUUUCCACCAUCCUCGAUCCAUCCACUGACUCCGCACAAACGGACCCUUGUCGACCUCAUGACCCCGAUCCAUGGAGUUGUAUGGAAAAUAUCGACUUAGAUGCAGAACAGAAUGCUCAUUCCGACCACGGUGACGCGACGUCCGACCACACUAAUUGGAUUAACUGGAUUGACCGCAACAAGCAUCUAUUGCAGGACUGCACGACGCAGCCAUGGUUUAAUGCCCUCAAAUCGGAAUGGAAACAAUAUUAUCAACAAUAUGCGCCAAACGAAGCAUCUGGUGUGAACAGGACAGCCGCAACCAUGGAAAGCAGGAAAUUUGAUGCAUGGAAAGAAUGGGUUGCAAAGCAACAUGCGCUUAUGAAUACAUAUAGUGAGGAGCCCUGGUUCCAACACCUAUGGAGUAAUAUCGCGCAGACAGGAGUAGUAACAGAGGAAGACGGCAUGCCGGAACAGAUACGAACGGUGCAAGGAGUGAGUCACAUACACACAGUAGAUGAAAAACCGACCACAUUUGUAACAGACCAGGGGCCACCUGUAGAAAAAGGCUUAAAAGUAGAAGAAGCACUGGAAGGCGGAUCAGCUUUGAAAGUGCGACAUUUACCACAACAGCAACUGCAUCCGCAACCUUACAUGAAACAACCGUUAACCGCGCAAACAUGGAUACUGAUCCUGGCAUUAGUCAUAGAACAGUGCGAGCUCGAGAGUAGCAUGCAAGAGAAGGAGUUAUAUGUGGAUGAUCUAUUGCAGCAGCUGUGCAAUUAG